UGAACGCCUCGGCUGAGCGGAGAGCUUCACAUUGCCGCACUUAUAUAUUCGCUCACGACCCUGCCUCGUCCCCUGCCGCUCUUUUGUCUUGGAACAGCAUCUCGAAUUACAACCGAUCGACUCGAGGCGCAAGAACCACCGACCGUCCGACGAUCACACAACAGACGCAACAACAAGGAGCAGCAGGACUUGAUUGAAACUCGUCCUAAGCACUCACAAUGUCGCCUCAAGCCUCCCUCUCGCGCCUCGUCUCCCGCUCCGCCGCCAUCCGCUCGCUGCGCACCGCCGCCGAAACCAUCCCCUCGACGUCCAUCAAGGUCCUCCGCGUCGUCGACGCCGUGCGACAAUGGCGCAAGCCUCACAUGGCAAACAUGCGCUCCGUCGGCCUCGUGCCGACCAUGGGCGCCCUGCACGAGGGCCACUUCUCGCUCAUCCGCGCCGCCGCCCGUGAGAACCACCACGUCGUCGUGAGCAUCUACGUCAACCCGGCCCAGUUCGGCAUCAGCGAGGACCUCGCCUCGUACCCCGUCACCUGGGACACGGACGUUGCCGCGCUGGCCCGCCUCGACCGCGAGUUCGCCGACGACGGCGCCAACCUGGGCCGCAUCUCGGCCGUCUUUGCGCCCCCCACGUCCGAGAUGUACCCUUCCGGCUUCCCCGGGCAGGAGAUUGACAGCAAGGGCAGCUUCGUCACCAUCACGCCCGUCGGCGAGGUCCUCGAGGGCGCCAGCCGGCCGACCUUUUUCCGCGGCGUCGCCACCGUCUGCAUGAAGCUCUUCAACAUUGUCCAGCCCGACCGCGUCUACUUUGGGCAAAAGGACGUCCAGCAGACCGUCGUCAUCAAGCGCAUGGUCCGCGACUUCAUGGUCCCCACCGACGUCGUCGUCUGCCCGACCACUCGCGAACCUGACGGCCUUGCCCUGAGCUCGCGCAACGUCUACCUCGGCCCGCGCCGUCGCCGCGUUGCGGUUGUGCUGAGCAAGGCGCUGCGCGCCGCCCAGGAACAAUACGACAAUGAGAAGCUGGACCGCAAGGAUAUCCUUGGGGCGGCAAACCAGGUCACGGAGAAUGUGCUGCAAGAACAGAUGGAGCUACCUCCAUCCCAACGCGUCACGUACGAGGUCGACUACAUCUCCUUGGCGGACCCCGAUACGCUGCAAGAGAUUGAGUCUGUAGAUCCGACAAAGGGAGCUGUUCUCAGCGGCGCCAUCAAGAUGAAGCCUGUUGAGGAACCUCAGGAGGGCGAGGACCUGGGACACUCUGGUGGACCGGCGGUCAGACUCAUUGACAACAUCAUCUUGGCGCCAAAAGUCGAGUGAGCUUGGGCGAUAUGAAGAUGAAAGAUUGGAUAAGAAUCACGAUUGACGAACACGUUAAAACAGUAGGAAUCUAAAAUAAGAGUAGGGACAUAGGGACAGGUAUCAUCAUAGAGAUGGAAUGAUUUAACAUGGCGGGUCAAGAAGAAGUACCAAAGCGGCUGCUGAUGCGCGCAAUCUACCUAUUUUUGCAUCUCUUCUUUUUCGUAUACAUAGCAUCAACAUUAUGGGGUAUAAUAAUACACAUCAGUACUC